CCGAGGCGCGGCGGCUCCUCACGGCGGGCGGCGGCGAAGAUGGCAGAUUUUUUGAAAGGAUUACCAGUCUACAACAAAAGCAACUUCAGCAGAUUCCAUGCGGACUCUGUGUGUAAAGCAUCAAACAGACGACCCUCGGUGUAUCUUCCCACCAGAGAAUACCCAUCUGAGCAAAUCAUAGUUACAGAAAAGACAAAUAUACUUUUGCGUUACUUACACCAGCAGUGGGACAAAAAGAACGCAGCAAAGAAGAGAGAUCAAGAGCAGGUGGAAAUAGAAGGUGAGAACUCGGCACCACCACGGAAAAUCGCUCGGACAGACAGCCAGGACAUGAACGAGGACACUUAAACUCUUGGCUUCCUCCUCUCCUACUUUGCAGGCGCUUCCUGUUUUGUCUCCAAGUGUGUAAAUUUUUGCCCCCAUCUCUCACCCCUCCACUAUGCAGCCCAAACCACUUCUGACUUCAUAGGAGCCAAUGUAUUUAUUUUUAUUUCUUUCCCCCCCCUCCCCCCCUUCCAUUUUUUAUUUAUGCCCUAACACUUCCGGAGCAGCGGUGGAACGAGUCAAUGAUGUAGUAUAACCUUAGUUCCCCCUUUUUAAAAAGAAUAUACACUGUCACUUUCA